AUGUCCUUUUAUCAGCCUGAAAAUUUGUCAACAAUGUUACAUCUGUUUUUCAGGAAUCAUUUCAUUGAUGACGAAUGGUUGUACAAGAACAGAAUUCUCAACAAUCUUGAUAAGAAGACAUUAGUACCAAAAGAGCAAUUCGACCCCAAAGUACUAUUAUAUGAUCCCACUACAUUGUCCGAGGAAUGGAAGCGGGACGAAAUUUCAAAGAAGUGGACCAUUUGUUCCCAGAAGUUCAAGCCAUUCAGGACAUCUCGUCCAGCUGUCAUGGAAAACGUAUUGGAAGCCGUCAACAAUACUCCUCUUGUAAAGCUUCAAAAACUUCCAGCAGAAAAUGGCAUUAAGUGCAACAUGUAUGUUAAAUGUGAGUAUUUCAAUGCUGGCGGUUCGACGAAAGAUAGAAUAGCACUUCGCAUGAUUGAACUAGCGGAAGCCGAAGGACGCUUGAAGCCAGGAAUGACGUUAAUAGAGCCCACUUCUGGAAACACGGGAAUCGGGCUGUCAUUAGCAGCGGCGGUGAAAGGAUAUGAUUGCAUUAUUGUGAUGCCAAUGAAGAUGUCAAGAGAGAAGGCGCUCACGAUGGAAGCACUUGGUUCAUCUAUCGUCAGAACACCGAACGAAGCAGCGUUUGACUCCGCCUAUUCCCAUAUAGGAGUGGCUCUGCGUCUUCGAAACGAAAUUCCGGGAGCAAUUAUCCUCGACCAGUAUCGUAACAUUGGAAAUCCUUUGGUCCACUACGAACAGACAGCUGAGGAGAUCGUCGAUGCGCUCGACGGAAAUGUUGACUAUGUGGUUGUGGCAGCUGGUACAGGUGGCACCGUUACUGGAAUUGCAAAAAAAAUCAAAGAAAAAGUGCCGAAUUGUGUGGUUGUCGGUGUGGAUCCAGAGGGUUCAGUGCUCGCUGGUCCCAGCGAGAACGAAACAAGUUUCUACGAAGUGGAGGGCGUUGGAUAUGAUUUCGUGCCAGGAACACUGAACCGAUCCGUAGUUGACAAAUGGUUGAAGUCCACUGAUAAAUCAUUCGAGACAGCCCGUGAUUUGAUCAGCAAAGAAGGAAUUCUUUGCGGCGGCUCUUCAGGCUCAAACGUUCGUGCUGCUCUUAAAAUCGCUAAGGAACUUCCAGCCGGCAAAAAUGUCGUCACCAUACUACCAGACGGAAUCAGAAAUUAUUUUUCGGUUUUUCAGCGACUAAUAGCAUUCAAAUACUACUUGCGUUACCUUUACGGUGCUCGCUACAUCGCCGAUGGCAACUUUUACGAAAAUGUUAGCACAAGCGUUAAACAAGGACGUACAAAGCACUCUUAUCAAGUACAUGGCUUCUCCUUUCAAAUGACCUCUUUUUUGACGUUUUCCAGAAUUCACUUUUGUUCUCAUCCACGCUCUUUCUUUUACUCCUACACUUUUACUUAA